UUUUAAGUACAAAGACUCCGAACCAAAACUCCACGCGAUUUGUUUAGAUCAAACGGGUUCGUAAAAAAAAAGUUUUAUUCUCGGGUUCGUUGGGUUUUAUCUAUAUAGGCGGCGAGCGAGACCAUCUCAUUCAGUUUUAUUCCGCGCGCCUCCUAAAUCGCGCUUAAUCCGGCGCAUCCUGAUUCAGAGAGUGGUUUGGAUUCGUUGGAUUCGAGGUGAACGAACAGGGCGUGGAAUUUUCGAGGACUCUCUCCUCUCGCAGAAUCCCGCGCGCCUCCUGAUUCGGAGAGCGGUUUGGAUUUGGAUUCGAGGCGAGGAAUUUUCGAGGACUUUGGCAGCGGCGGCGGGGGCUGGUGAGCUUCUGCUGCGGCUUGGAGUCUGCCCCCACCAUUGCGUGGGGAGGUGGAGGUGGAGGCGGUGGUGGCGGCGGGGGCGGCGGAGGACGAUCCUUCCGCGGCUUCGGUGGCAGGUUUGAUCCAAAUUGAGCGCCCUGAGGAUUUGGGGCGUGUUUAUGGAGGAUUAGAUCGAGAAUUUUGGUUGUUUCUGUGAGAUGGCCGCCGAUUCCAGCAUGGGAUUCCAUCAGGGGAUCACGGCCUCGAUGUACAACCAUCACAUGCUCUCCUUCCAAUCUAACAGCGACUUGGGCGGUGGCGCCGGCGCUGCGGCCGGUAUGGUGAUGGCCCCGAGGAGCAUGAACGGGACUAGUAGCAGCGCUGGGCUGUUCGUCUCUCCGAACACCGGUGUGCUGGGCAACGCAUCGGUGGCCGGCCCGUCGAGGAGCUCGUCGGGGGAUGCGUUCAGUAGCACGGUGGCGCCCAAGUACAAGUUCGUCACUGGUUCGCCUUCAGAUUGGAAUGACCGUGAGCUGAACACACUGAAGGAAGGGCUUGUGAGAUAUGCUCGCGAACCGAAUAUCAUGAAGUACAUAAAAAUAGCAGCUAUGCUACCCAACAGGACUGUCAGGGAUGUUGCAUUGCGGUGUUGGUGGGCUACAAGUAAAGAUAGAAGGAAGAAACCUGAUGGAUUUUAUACAGGGAAAAAGAUAAGAGACAUGAAGCCAAUCCAGGACAAGAUGGUUGCAUCUGCCUCCAUGGCUAAUUUUCACCUGGCACCUGCAAACACUGUGACCCCUUUCUCAAUAUCGAUGCAACAUACAAAUCAGCAAUGUCAGGUUCCUAAGGAAGAAGUUCCUGUCGUGGAUAGUGCAACACAGCAUCUCCUGGAAGAAAACAAUCAUUUACUCAACCAAAUCGCCACAAAUAUCGAAACAUUCAAGACGGGAGAGAACACGGAUCUCUUUUUUCGGACAAACAACAACUUCAAAAAUAUUUUAAGCAGAAUGAGCGAGACGCCUGGUAUCAUGGGCCAGAUGCCCCAAUUGCCAGUGCAAGUAAACGAAGACCAUCUGAGUUCACUUCUUCAGCUGGACAGAAUGGUAAGAGGGGACCCGUAAUCACAAGAGAUUCAAACAUGUUCCUUCGUAUGGCGUAACGCAAACCUCUCAUAUGAAGCAAGAACCGCGAAGCUAGUAUAAACAUACACGAAAACAAGGACUUGAAAAGGAAAAAAAAGAGCAGAUGGCUGGAGCUCCGCCGCCCAAGUUUCGUGUACCAUGAAGAAGGCUAAGUUGCCGCACCGAGUGAGCGAGCGCCAGGAACAGUCCCGGCGUUUCUUUCUUCCAGCGAGAUUGUUUUCCAGUGAUCUGAUUGUCUGCCCGCCUGCCUACCUGCCCGAGUUGAAAGCUGUUGAAAGCACCGGAAAUUGAGGCCUGCAGCUGCUUGCGGGGGUAUGCGCAACGGGCGAGCGAGUUGCUGUUGUUGUACCUGGUUGGGUAUCCAGCGAAAUGAAUACACCAGACACUUGAUUCGGGAGUGAGUAACACGCACACAAGUGACUGUAAAUAUUUGGAUGGCUGGAGGUGUUCCCCUGUCCUGUUUUGUUCUCUCUGAUUGGUCGUCAAUAUAUUUUUCGGAAGGGUACCUUGUAUGUUUUUCCACUUUGGAGAGUUAGGAGGGCACCUUAUGUAUUAUUGCAUAGUUGGAAGAUCGUGUUGAUAAAACCAACAAAAAGAUGGCUUUAGGUUUUGAAUAGAAUGCCCAUUGCAUUUAUA